AUGCCCCUGACACCGGAGGAGGAGAACCUGAGGAGGGAGCGACGCAGGAUGGCCAACCGCCGAUACUAUUAUGAAAGGCGUAAACCGCGGCUGCUCUUGCAGGCGGCUUCGGACGCCACGGAAUACCCGCAGCCACAUCCUGGCCCGGGCCCAAGCAGUGCGCGCGCCGUCGACGCGGGUCCGUCCAACGCCCGACCGUCCAGCGAGGGGGUUCGCGAUGUGGCCGUAACGGCUGGACCUAUACCAAGCCCUAAACCCGCCGCACCCAUUCGCAUCCCGCUCACUCCGGACCAAGUUCUCAUCGCGCGGUUGGCCGCCUUGAACGACAGGUUGUGCCGGUGGGGUUACACGGACAAGCUUGACUCAUUCAACACCUGCUUCAAGCGCAACUACGUGUGCGCGAAGGCCGAUGCACCGUCGAUGGAGGUGUGGACGGGGAGGGCGUGGGACUGGAUUGGCAGGGGGGCCGACAUACUGGACGAGGUGCAGGAUCUGGUGUGUAGCGGGGUGCUGGACUGCUUCUCCCCGGAGAGCAUGGGGAAGCUUUGGGAGCAGCUAUUGGCCGCUGCAUUUAAGGUCCAGUACAUGAUGGCCGUCGCCCAAGUAUAUCUAGACUUAGAACCCUAG